CUCUCCCUCCUAUCUCCCUCCUUCCUCGUCUGUCGCAUUUCGGUGAGAGUACUAGUGGAAAAAGACCCCGGGGGUCGAAGGUUCUGCCCUGCCCGCCACGACCUCAACCUUUCGCGGCUUCCUAAAUAUCAGAUGACCGUCGUCUAUGACACUUCGGCGGACGACCCCCGAGCGAUUUUUGGCCAGAAGAGAAGGUGGUGACUAAGAUCAAAGCCUUGGGUGUUCACUUGAAAGAUGCCGGCUCACCGGAUCGGCUCUGUUCUUCUGUGACCUGCUCAUGUCCCAACCAGAGGUGCCAUGGCUCGCAGAAUAUCUUCUCAGGGGAAGGUCACCAUCUCCGUGGAUGAGUACAGCUCCAACCCGACCCAGGCCUUUACCCACUACAACAUCAACCAAAGCCGCUUUCAGCCCCCUCAUGUUCACAUGGUAGAGCCACUUCCCUAUGAUGCGCCAAAGCCCGUAGGUCAUACGCGAUUUGUCUGCGUUUCGGACACUCACUCGAGGACAGAUAAUAUCCAGAUGCCUUUCGGCGAUGUGUUGCUUCACACCGGAGACUUCACUGAACUCGGCCUCCCGUCUGAAGUGAAGAAGUUCAAUGACUGGUUAGGCACUCUACCCUAUGAGUACAAAGUUGUUAUCGCUGGAAACCAUGAACUUACCUUCGAUAAAGACUUUAUGUCGGAACUCAUAAAGCAGGAUUACUACCGUUUCCCGUCAGUGUCCAAACUGAGGCCUGAGGAUUUUGACGACGUUCAGACCCAACUUACAAACUGUGUGUAUUUGCAGGACUCUGAGGUCACCAUUAAAGGGUUCAGGAUAUACGGAACUCCUUGGACCCCGUGGUUUAAUGGAUGGGGCUUUAACUUACCUCGUGGCCAGUCUCUACUCGAUAAGUGGAACCAGAUCCCUGAAGAUAUAGAUAUUCUUAUGACACAUGGGCCUCCGCUGGGGUUCAGAGAUUGGGUUCCCAAGGAGCUCCAGAGAGUCGGAUGUGUGGAGCUCCUCAACACUGUACAAAAGAGGGUCCGACCCAAACUCCAUGCAUAUGGGGGAAUACAUGAAGGGUAUGGCAUAAUGACAGAUGGCUACACAACAUUUAUCAACUCCUCCACAUGUACAGUCAGUUUCCAGCCCACCAAUCCACCAAUCGUAUUUGAUCUCCCCAACCCAGGAAACUCCUGAGAUUCAUUAAAGCCCCCCUCCCUUUUUCUACAUGACAACUCUUGCUUAAAAUGAAUGGUCUUUUUGUACCGCUUGUAUUUAAAAAUGCAUGGCCAUCAGAUAUUUUUAAAAGUCGUAAUGAAGCCCAUGGCAUUCGAAUGGCUUUUGGUGGGCAAUGAACUUGUGAAUUCGUAUUUUGAUUUGUCCGCAUCCGUUGCCUUCUGCGUUUGCUUUAUAUUCUGGUCAGGAUCUCAAAAGUGCAUUUAUAAAGGUACUUAAAGUGUCAGCAAUACCUGACCAUGUUUAUGGUUGAAUAUGAAUUGCGCUUUGUAAAUUUAUAUUAUGAACUUAUUUAAAGUCUUGGACUCGAUACCUUGUAUGGUGUUUUGGGUAAAAAUCAUAUUUCAUCUCUUUCCAAGGGUCCCAUAGGUUAGAUAUUUAUUACUGCGAACGGACUUCAAAAAGAUGCUUUAUCUUACAGGCCAUUAAACAUCACAGCACAUGCAUUUUGUCCUCUCAGCAUAUAAAAGAGAGGCACGGUGCAUGUCAAAAGAUGGAGAAGCUAUCGUGUGUGUGUGUGUUUUUUUUUUUAAUGAGGUUGUUGUGAAUGGACUUUAUACAUUAUCGCUGUUUGUGUUCUCGCAAUUUAAAAGACGCUGAUUUAGCAAAUUUAGUAUGGCCUGAUUAUGCAGAUGACACACCAAUAGAGGACGAGAUGUGAUUGGUUGAUUGGUCUAUCUCUUAAACAUAUAUGUGGAAAUAUUUUAACACGUUUUGAACUCCUGGUACAUUCUGUAAAUAACCAAACAAACACAGUGUGUAUUUAUCCUGGGUUUUAUAUAGCCUACUUGUAUUUCAUUGGUUUCGAAGCUGGAAAUGACAUCACAACACCCCAAGCCAAUGUUUUCUUUCUCUCCAUGUAACUGCCAUUUUUACUUGUGUCGUGUUAAUGUGCGUGUUGUAUAUUGCGCUGUGUGGAUUUAUGUGUUCUUGCGAGCACAAAAAAAAAAGAAAAAAUGAAUUUCAUGUCAUUUCUGCUUUGUACAUGCUUUCUUUAUACUGUAUGUUUUGUGCCUUUUUUAUCCAUUGUGACAUUUAGCCAAGUUUAUAUGCAAAUAAAAUGCAAGAUUUUUA